UCGGGGAAUAGAAAAAUCACAUUUUGUACCGCUGCCUAAACCGCCUGGUGUUGCGAAUUGUUGAGCAAUCAUCGUGUUCCGUUUGGGUGCAUCUCGAAGAUAAAAUCUGCGCAGAGAUGGAUAUUUUGGAAACGGUAAUCGGUAAACUGCAGGCUGGCGAGUUCAGUGCUGCAAAAGAGAUCAUCGAAGAUCCGAAAAAUGACGAGGCAAUCAAAAUGCAAUCGAUGGAGCUGGUUUCGCUUAUUGCCGAAAAUCUGACCGAGGAUAACGCUGAAAAUAAGCCGGAACUGUACUCGGCCUCGGAAACGUUGCUCAUUGCGCUAGCCCAGAAAUGUAGCCCGGCGGAAGUGCUGUACGAGAUGAUGGAGAAGAUCCGGAUUGCACAAAACGACGAUGUGCUCACGAGCCUGUUGAAGGUUGUGCAGGCGUCCAUACUUCGUCUUCCGGCCAAGCGAGCCCGCUGCCUCGAUUGGGUCUUCGGUACGAUCAUCGAGUAUCUGGAGCGUAUCACACUGCCUGAGGCGCUGGAUAAAGAUAUGGAUGAUGAAGAGGAAUCUCUGCUCGAAAAUGAUGAAAUCAUCCGGCGGUUCCUCCAACUCUAUCUCACGAUGAUACUGUUCGUCAGUCCAAUCGCAACACGGCUCUCUAAACCAGCAACGCAGGAGUCCUUGUACUACGAUACCAGUUUGACGCAGAAAAAUGCCGUAGUUUGCUUCAUUUUGCGUCUUAUGGGCAAAUUGUUACCUUAUCUGCAUCUUCAGCGAAGCGUUCAGCCGCGUAGAACUCCCGGUCGUCGUCCUUUCUCAGCGGGCAAAAGCUACUCUGUCCAAGUGGCUGAAGAUCUAACGAACGUGCUCCUACUGCUUAUCAACGAUCCAUAUCUACUGCUUUCCUACGGCGAAAAGCGAACACACGGGGAUCGACUGUUGAAGAAAUCAUCCAGCUUCGUAGGCGACCAAUCAGAGCAGGACCGAGAAGAUCUUACCAGCAACGAUGUGUUCAUGAGCAACGAGAAGCAUAUGACCGAGGGGUUAGCGGUUCUGUUCUACCUUUUGUUGGGUGAAGAUUUGCUUCCAACAAGCGCACCGAUCGUGUACGAUCCUCGGUACAUCUUCGAAGCGGGUCUUCAUUAUGUGGUCGAGCUGGUCAGUGGAGUCCGCACGGUAGUGUACUUCAAGGGAAUACGCCUUGCCCAGGCACUGGUACGAAAGUUGAACGGCAUCCAGCUGACUGCUCUUGAGCUAGAAACACCGAUCCAUACCACCUUUUGCGAACGGUACAUCCGAGCUCUGGAACGAUCAAAGAGUGUGCGCAAUCGGGAAGUCGGUGUGCGAGUACUGUCCGAGUACAUUCGCGCGUUUAACGAUGAGGGUCGGUACACGAUUCUGGUGCAUUUGCUGAAAAGCUUCGAGGAUGACACGGUGCGAUCGUUCGCGAUCAACGAGUAUAAAGAUCUCGUAACAGAGCGGCUGAGAGAAGCGACCAUACCUCUACCUCCCUGGUACAGUGGUGAAAUGUUGCGCGAAAUGCUCAUCGGCCGUAUCUGUACCCUGAAGCAUGGCGUUAAAACGGAUCUCCUUGAUCACAACUACAGCAUAACGAGCGCACUGUCGGCCCUAUGGGUGUUGCUGAAGAGCGAUUUAUCCAACAUGAGUCGCGUUUGGGACUGCUUGCCUGUUAUCGAGAAAAAGUUUCUUACCGAGUUGCGCACCGGCCUCGAUUUCAGCCUGGCGCACUACAAGAACGAACUGAAAAACACAGAGGAAGGGUCUGACGAAGGAAAUCAAUCAACCGGCGGCUUGAACGGCGCCGAUAUUUCUAUAAGCACAUUAAAUGGUGAAGCACCACCCCCUGUUAUGUCAAAAGAAACUCGGAUCGAUCUCUCCAAGUGUAUGAUACUGAGGCUGGAAAUGUUAGAAUUCCAUCUCUCGCGCAUUACCAGCGACAUUGAACAGAUCCAGACGCAGAUCCGAAAGAGCGGAUCUUUGCAAACGAUUGAAUCGUAAUAAAGGGCACGAUUCUCUCUCACGCAUCAUUUGUGUUUCAUUCCGGCUCCUUCAACAUCGACUUCCAAGGCCAAUUGAU